AUGAUCCUCGGCGCCUUUAGCCUCUAUUUCGCUGUCGACCUUGUCCUCAGCCACUACGGACUGGGUACUGGGAUGGCGGAGUUCUGCCUUGAGACUCCGAACCGCGAGGCACCCGGCCCGCAGGCCUGGCACUACCUGAAAACAGACACCGGCAAUCAUUGCACGACCGAUACCAUCGACUUCAUUCUCAACCCAAAGGAAGCAUGGAAGGUUCAGCCAAAUGCGAUUCUGCUCCUGAGGGACGAUGCGUCAUACCUGGAUGAGCAUGGACAGAUUCGGGCACCCGUUAUCUCCCAAGAAGAACCACAAACUCCUAAGCUGGGUGACGAUGUUGCAGAAGAGGGUCACUUGGGCCAAACAGUUUGA